GUUGUCCGACAGAAAUUCACAACUAAACAGUAAACGAAACUUCAGACACCGGAGAAAGCCCCUCCUGCUGCUUCCUAUUCCCUCUCUGUCACUCUGUCUUUCUCAUCUCCACAGAACUCCCUCUCUUUCCUCUCUUUCACAUUCCUCAUAACCACAGAGAGAGAGAGAGAGAGAGAGAGAGAGAUGGGGCUGGAGAUUGCGGAGCCAAACACGUGCAUCAGAGGUUGUUGUACCAGCAAAUCGAUCCCUCUGCAUCUCCCACCUUCCUCGUAUGCUCUCCUAUCCCCAAUUGCCCGCGGGGCGGAGAGUGUUGUUUAUGCAGCAACUUUGUAUGGUAGAAAGGUUGCUGUGAAGAAACCCAUCUUGUCUACUUCUGAAGACAUUGACAAGUUCCAUAAAGAGCUCCAGUUGUUAUGUAUGCUAGAUCAUCCGGGAUUAGCAACACUGGUUGCAGCGCAUGCCAAGCCACCCAAUUACAUGUUCUUCUUCGAAUUCUAUGAACAUCUGAAUCUCGCAGAGAAAGUACAUGCGGAAGAAUGGAGUCCGGGCAUCGAUCAAGUGCUCACGAUCACUUUCCGUUUAGCAAAGGCUUUGCAAUAUCUGCAUAACCUCGGGAUCAUACAUAGGGAUGUGAAACCAGCAAAUAUUCUUCUUGACAAAAACCUGUUCCCACACCUAGCAGAUUUUGGUUUGGCAGAAUACCAAAAAGAUCUUAAAGGCGUUUCUGUUGAGAACUGGAGAUCAUCUGGCAAGCCAACUGGUGGUUUUCACAAAAAAAAUAUGGUUGGGACGCUCAUAUAUAUGGCACCUGAAAUCUUAACGAAGAAGAUCCAUACAGAAAAAUCAGAUGUCUACAGUUUUGGGGUAUCAAUCAAUGAGCUUAUUACUGGUGUUGUCCCAUAUACUGAUCUUCGUGCAGAAGCACAGGCCCACACAGUGCUGGAGAUGAACUAUACUGAGCAGCAACUUACAGCAGCUGUGGUUUCUGGUGGAUUGAGACCAGUACUUGCUGGUCCAGAGUUGGGUGCUCCAUCAAGUCUCCUCUCACUGAUACAGAGGUGUUGGGAUGCAAAUCCACAGAGUAGACCUUCUUUCAAUGACAUAGUUGCGGAACUUGAUUUGAUUUUAGAACACAGAAAGACAGCAAAGGAUAUGACACCAGGCGAACCUGCUGUUUCUCGUGAUGAUCACCUAAUGGACAACAUCAACAGCCUCCGAACUUAUCAAGAGAGUAUCAACUGGUCCACACAGGGAGAACAUUUCUCCCGGAUAGCUUAUCGUGACACUGAAUCUAGUUUGAGAGUCUGGCUUGAUAAUUCAAAUGAUCCUCUGGCAUAUUAUCCUGUACUUUCUUGGGGGUCCUUUGCUUCAUGUGGCCGAAGAGAAACCAUGGAGGAUACACAUCUUCUUAUGCCCCAUAUGUGCAAUGAAAAGGAUAUCCAUGUUUUUGGGAUCUUUGAUGGCCAUAGAGGUGCAGCAGCUGCUGAGUUUUCUGCUCGAGCAUUGCCAGGAUUCUUGCAAAGUUUCAGCUCCACGAGCAGUCCUUCAAAAGCAUUAUUGGAAGCAUUCGUUAAGACAGAUGUUGCAUUUAGAGAUGAACUAGAUUCUUAUCGUAAAUCCAAGAGAGGUACUCAGAAAGACUGGCAUCCUGGUUGCACUGCAGUUGCUGCUCUUAUAGUUAGAAGCAAGCUUUUUGUUGCUAAUGCUGGUGAUUGCCGGACAGUACUAUGUCGGGCUGGUCACCCGAUUGUUCUAACCAAGGAUCAUGUUGCUAGCUGCUUUGAGGAGAGAGAGCGUGUUGUUAAUGCAGGAGGACAAGUCAAAUGGCAAGUUGAUACAUGGAGGGUUGGUCCUGCUGCUCUCCAGGUUUGUCACUUUGACCUUUAAGAUUGUAGGUUUGUUUCACUUCCAUGAUUUUGCGACAAUUUCCAUUUUAUGCUUUUCAGUGUACUACCUCUCUGCUUUAAGCUCAGUUCUGGUCAUUUGAUUUGGGAAGAGUUCAUAAGAGAGAGAGAGAGCAAUACAUAUAAUCGAGCAAGCUAUUUUGUUCCUUUACUUUUUGGUUCUCAUAUAAACAAUAAGACCACAGUAAGAUGGCUGAAAGACAAUACUGCCUCCUUCCCUUCUAUCACCUCACUUUUUCUUCAUUUCCUUUUCUUAUUUCUUCUUAACACAAACCCUAAAUCAGUAUUACAAGUAGAAAGAUUAUUCAAAAGCAAACCCAAACCUAUAAUUCUCUGCAAACUGGUACUUUAUUGCGAUGAUAUUGCUUAUCCUAUGUUAUUUCUCUUUGGAAGAAUGUUAUAUUUACCUUUGGUUUUAUAAUGGAACUGAAUAUUGCUGGGAAAGCCAAAUGAGAAGUUUCCCUUGAAUGGAGAACAGAAUUUUCGGUUUCCCUUCAAGAGAGAGAUUCCAACGACUAAUUUACAGUAUUACUUAUGAUUCAUUUUUUUCAUUUUGGAGAUAAGGGAGGAGACGCUCACAGCUGUUGGAAUAAAUGCACACUGGUGAUGUAGUUGGCUAAAGGUUCAAGUCCCAUAUUGGAUAGUUGUGAAAAAUUAAGUGGUUAAUAUUAAUUGUUAGGUCCAAACCCACUUGCUUAAGUUUUUGUGUUAAUUUGGUGUACUAACAUGUUAUAUCAAGCCUUCUGAUACAAACUCCCCAAGGUGUCAAUGUUCAACUCUCACAAACCAAGAAGUUAAGAACCAAAUAAGUGGUAUCAUAGCCAAGUGUUUGCUAGGUAAGUGUUUAAUGCAAGUGGUGUGUUGUUGAUGGCUCCCACAAUAGAGCAUGGUUACUCCCACAUUAGCAAGGUGAUCAUGCUUGUAUUUUGGUGGCCACCAUAGUAGUCCCAUGUGACUAUUAUGUUGGCUCUACCCAUGGUUGAGUAAAGGCGCUCUGGUGGUGAGUAUUGGAUUAGGCGAUAAUAUAUGGGGCUUAGAUUGCCUAAAGUUUUUUUUUUUUCAAGGGAGAGUGAAGCUGGAAUGCUUGAUGUGCUUUAGAAGAAGACCCACAGAUGAAGGGGGAGAUUUGUUGGAAUACUCAAUUCUCAUACUAGCCUACUAGGUAGUAAUAACAAGAGUGAGCAGUUAAUAUUGCCUUAUUGAGCCUAAACUUACUGAUUUAAGCUUUUAUAUUUAGUGAUCCUAACAUGAUGUAUCAAUCUCUCAUAUGAAGUCCUCCCUGUGGUGUUAGUGUUCAAAUCUCUCAAACCAAAGACCCCGCAAUUAAUAAUUAUAUUGAAGAAUCUCAUACCGCACUAGAACACAUCCAAUUAAUAAACUCCGUUUUCCAUUCUUGCAUUAUAACUUCUUUUGUCACUGGUCCAGUGGUUGU